AUGAGUGGUAAAAUAAUCACGUAUGACGCGGAACUCCGCAAGCAGCGGGUCAGCGUUUCUCGCGAGAAACAGCUGAUGAACAUUUUCAUGAUCAUCGCUGCUGGGUUUGCGUUGAUUUCGGAUGGUUAUCAAAAUAAUGUAAUGUCGAUGCUUAACAAGGUGUUUCCCGUCGAAUACGGCAAAGAAGCAUACAGCGCGACGGUGUCCACGCGUGUGUCUAAUGCAUCGCUGAUAGGUACGAUCUUGGGCCAGGUUUGCGUUGGUGUUGCGUGCGACUACAUGGGACGCAAGUGGGCGAUCCUGGUAGCGACCACGUUGCUGGUAGGGGGUUCUGCUCUUUGUGCAGCCUCUCACGGUAAGACGGUUAAUGGCAUGUUUUGGAUGCUUACUGUGAUGCGUGGAGUUACCGGGUUUGGUAUUGGCGCUGAAUAUCCUUGCUGCUCGGUCAGCGCCAACGAGGCCGCAAAUGAACACAGCGAAAAGAGAAGAGGCGGAAUCAUGGUCUUGGUUACAAACCUACCUUUAUCUCUCGGCGGGCCUUUCGCCAACAUAAUUUUCCUCAUUGUGUACUCCAUCUGCGGCAAGGAUCACCUGCCUGCACUGUGGAGAACCAUGUUCGCGUUAGGGUGUUUGUGGCCCUUGAGUGUGUUUUACUUCCGUUGGAGGACCAGCACCAGCACCCUCUACAGAAAAGGUCAAUUCAAGUCCAGGAUUCCUUACUGGCUGAUUGCCAAGUACAGCUGGAGUCGGCUGCUCGGAACUUGCUUCGUUUGGUUCUGCUACGACUUCGUCGCGUUCAGCAACGGGCUAUUCAGUGCUACCAUCAUCGGCUUGGUUAUCAAAGACAGCAGCAACAUCAAGACGGUUGCCGAGUGGAAUCUGUUACUAGGUAUCAUUGCGGUUCCAGGUGUAUUUGUUGGCGCGUACCUAUGCGAUCGCAUUGGGCGUAAAUACACUCUAAUGUUCGGAUUUGGUGGCUACCUCAUUUUCGGGCUGAUUAUCGGAUGUGCUUGGGACAAGAUUCACAAAAUCACCGGUUUAUUCAUCGUAUUCUAUGGUCUAAUGAACGGACUUGCAAAUGCCGGACCCGGUGACAUGCUGGGACUGACGUCUAGCGAAAGUUUCCCAACCGCAAUCCGGGGAACAUGUUACGGCUUAUCUGCAGCCAUCGGUAAGGUGGGUGCUGUUGUCGGUGUGUACUGCUUCAACCCGAUCCACCAGAACCUCGGAAUUAGGUGGGUUUUCAUUAUCGCAGCUAUCUGUGGCUUGGCUGGUAUACUAGCCACCUGGGUCUUGAUUCCACACUGCAGAGAAGAUGAUCUCAUGGAACAAGACAUCGAUUUCCACAAUUUCCUCGUCAAGAACGGUUGGACCGGCACUAUGGGUAUGGAUAUCGAGGAUUCUGAUUCCGAGAGAAGAGGAUCAGAUUCGAGCGCCUCUGACACUCUCAAGAAAGAUCCUACUAUGGAGGUUGUCAUCCGUGAAAUUACCGCUUGA